AUACGCGGAACCUUAUUAUCAUAACGGUUCGAGGUUUGGUGUGACAUAACACCUAACCCCGGUAAUUUAUUAUUAUCAUAGCGUGAUGAUGAAAUACGAUUAAUAACUUGUAAAAUCUUAUCGGUAUCGUUCUUACUUAAUUCAGUAAAACAUUUGAAUUCGUUCGGAAAUCUAGGUACACAAUAUUGAGCAAAAGUGAAUGGGGACAAAAUAAACUAAAGCUUUGUAAAUUCAAAUAGCUAUGGCGGGAAAAUUUGUGAUUGUGUUUAUGGUGAACGUAUUUGUUCUCGUAUACGGAAAAAAAUUAACACAAGUGGUGAUGUUAAGUAGGCAUAAUAUUCGAGCACCGUUAAUAGAUAAUUUGGAACAUUUUUCUCCAAACGCUUGGCCUGUGUGGAGUUACAGGCCUGCUCAUUUGACAGCAAAAGGUGCAAUGCUUGAAGAAUAUAUGGGUGAAUAUUUGAAACAUUGGCUUGAGGAAGAGAAUUUGUUAAGUGAAAGUUGUCCAAAUGAGAGCGAAAUACACAUUUACGCAAAUACUAAGCACAGAACGCGAGAAUCGGCGAAAGCAUUCGCUAGAGGUGCGUUUAGGAAUUGCGAUGUCAAAGUGCACGUAAUCGAUUCCGAAGAUAUGGACCCAAUAUUCAACCCUGUUAUCCAUAAUGCAUCUGAUGCACAAAAAACAGCAAUAAUUGGAGAAAUGCAGCUAAAAUUAGAUGCGCUUCAAUUGCAAGAUCCUUAUUUGGAAUUGGAAAACAUAGUGGAAUUAAAAACAGCCGAAUCUUGCACUUACGAAAAUAUAUGCAAUUUUGCGAAUGUUAAGGAUGACAUUUUUUACGAAGUUGGUGAAGAACCGAAUAUAAAAGGUCCUUUGGCGCAAGGCAACAGUAUCGUAGACUCGUUUUUAAUGAGCUACUAUGAAGGAAUGCCUUCAGAUCAAGUCGCUUGGGGUAAGAUCAAAACUCCUGAACAGUGGAAAUCCCUUGCAAAAAUUACAAAGGAAAAUCAAAAUGUACGGUUUAAUAGUACGAUACUAGCUAAAGAUGUAGCAAAACCAUUGAUUGAUUACAUAAAAAAUAUACUGCUAAAAGAAAAACCGCCAAAAUUUACUUUGCUACACGGCCAUGACUCGAAUGUGAAUUCGGUUUUGGCGGCAAUCGGAUUCAAAGGUUUUGUGCUGCCAGAUCAAUAUGAAACUACACCAUUGGGGGGCAAGGUAGUCUUCCAGAAAUGGCACGAUGACGAUGAUAACAAAGAUUUGUUAAAAGUUCAUUACGUUUACCAAACCACUGAACAGCUUAGGGAUGGCAUUAAAUUGACUGAAGAAAAUCAUCCCCAAUGGGUACAAUUGGAAAUUAGAACAUGCCCCGUUGAUGAAGAUGGUUAUUGUGAUUGGGGAAACUUUAUAAACUAUUUGAAUCUUAUAUAAUAACAACAAAAAAUUAAUGUAUGAAGCUCUUAAAUUUCGCAACAUCAAAUAAUAUAUUAAUAUUAAAAUUAAAACAAGUACUUAUUAUGUAAUAUUACGAUUACGUGAAACGUUGUUUAUUAAAUUUGCAUUUGAAUAAAAGUUGUACUAUUUUAUAAUUAGGUCGCCGUUUCUUUACCUACAAUAAAAAUGUUACUAUCAUUGUCAUACCAAUUUAAAUGACAAACUACAGGCAUCCCCCCCUUCUUAUAGAAAAAGGAUUAGAAGCAUCGAUUGAUAGGCACGAUAGUAUUAAGCAUUGGGCUUGAUACUAUCGUGCCAAGUAAUGAUCACUUAGACGUUAAUGUUAUUGACUGGGGCUGGCUUAACUUGCUCUCCGAGAUACGAAGGUGUUAAACUAACAGCACCGACUUUUCAAUUCUACUGUGCUAUUCACGCUGUUGGCGGAAGCAGGGCACGGUGAAAGGUGCGCAAAAACGCUGUCAUUCGUUCAUCGAAUUUUAGUGCCCAUUUUUUUUCCAUACCGGGGGCUAUAUAUGAAAAAUCGAUUCUUAUGGAGUAAAUUCCAAAAAAUGUUAAAAGAAAGAAAAGCUCGUUACGUUAGGGAAAAUUUAUUUUAACAAAUGGCAAUGC